CCUGGGUAUUUUAAAGCACAAAAUAUGACACCUAUGGUUCUCGCGUCUUCUAGGUCCUUCCAGUUAGUCUGCUGGCCUCAUUUCAGUUCAAACACUUGCAUUUUUUUUUUUCAUCUUUUUGCUGCACCGUACUUAUUUCAAGCGUAGGGUUUAAAGAAUACGUUAACAUGGGCGCUAUUUUUAUGUAGCUAUUGGCGUAUAAUGACAGAUUAAAAGGGAGGGUGUACAUCAACGCAGUUUGUUCGCCAGAAUGCAAAUGCAAGGAGGUUUAAUAGACUAAAAAUUGGGGUAGGGUUGAAUCGAUAUUAAGUCAUCCAAUAAGGUAAAGAUGUUUGGAGUGCUUUUCCCAAAUCGGAGCUUCCCCAUGGACAUGUCUAGUUUCUCUCAAAUAGAUACACUCCAUUGGGUUCUCGACAUGAAUUAUUUUGUGGGUGAAGCCUAUGAUCAAAUAAAGGAGAUGUGCAUUUUCCUUCUGAACGAGUUCUCUUUGCCACCAGAUAAAGUCCUGUCUGUAUAUAUACAAUCUCCAGGUUCUCCAUUCAAAUAUUGUGGUGCAGUAUAUAGGGGAUGCCCUUCAGCAGUCUUUUCUCUUUCAUGGCCAGAACCGGGUGGUCAGAUGCAGCUAACUUCUGAUAACAUUCCUUUGUCAGCAAAGAUAGGUGUGUCUGUUGAAGAUUUAAGCAUGAUUCCUGCUCUCAAUGUCAGUCAGCAGCAGCGCAUAGAGCAUCUAGCAAUGAAGGUCGGAGAAAAUCUAUUCAAUUUCAUGCAAUCUUUUUGUUCCAUGGAUGGAAACAAAUUGGUUGUUCCUUCUGAUAUACUAGAUCGAUGGUUUAAGAAGUUUCAAGAGCGAGCAAAAAGAGAUCCAGAAUAUUUGAAGAGUUUUGUAAUUUAAGAAAUUCAGGCAAGGUAGCAGUAUGUUUAAUAAAAAAAUUCCCUGGUUAUAUAUGCAAGGAGUAAGAACCACAGUUCAGCGUAGGAGAUUGACAAAAUUGUCUUGCUGUAGUCCACAAAUAAUGAGAUUUCAACGUUUCUCAUCUUUGAGCUCUGAUUUAGCUACUUUUGUAUUUGUGAAGAUGCAUUUUACCAUAAAAGUACUCCUAGAAGAUUGUGAGAAAAGAUUAUAUGGUUUAUUUUGUAUUGUAUUUGUGAAGAUGCAUUUCACCAGAAGUAAAUGAAUGGUAAUAGUAAAUGAAUAUCAAUUUGGUGGAGGAUGAUAUGUUA